UUGACUUAUUUGAAUCGUGGACAAGCCUAUGCUAUUCAUUUUCAGGAUCAACAACAAGACUUAGCGGAUGAUAUAUUGGUUACAAGUACUAUUUCAAUUACUUUCCAUGAUGUGGCUCAUAGACAGGCAUCUCAAAAUUACUGGCGAUUCUGGCUCAGUCAACAAGAUCGACCCAACGAGGCCCGUGCAUUGGAUUUAGAUGCUCAGCAAUCAUCUGGUUUGGUUAAUGUACAUUAUCCUUCCUUUGAUUGUAUUACUUUCCAAUGGAAAUCUCAUCUUGGUGCUUCCCUCUAUAUUCGUUUCAACUGUUUAUCAACUGAUUUCUCAAGAAUCAAGGGUGUUAAAGGUAUUCCAUUACGUGCUCUUGUUGAAUCUUCUUGUUCUUCAACCUCUUCCUCUGUACCGUCAGCAACAACUGGAUCAACAUCGUCACCAUCUUCAUCACCAUCAAGUCCAACUCAAAUUCAAUCCAAUGUUUCUUCUACUAAUGAUUUGGGGAAAUAUACAGAGAAAUCCUUUUGCAAAAUCAAGCUAUUUAGAGAUAAGAUUUCGAAACAAUUGGAAAAACUCAAAGCUGAAGGUAACCCACAACACAAUCCACUUUGGCAUUUCUACAAUCGACCAGCGGUGCCUUAUAGCACUUUUGAACCUUUGCCAAAAGAAGAUGAUGUGAUCAAGGAUGAAUACUCAAUGACAGCGGCGCUUCCUUUAUUGUCCAAUAAUGCUCCUGUGUCCAUUGUAUCAAAUCCGGCCAUACAACCUCUUGUUCAUAGCGAUAACAUUAAUGCCAACAAUAAUAACAACAAUAAUCAACAAGAACAACAACAGCAGCAACAUGGCAGUAACAUGACCAUCAUGUCGUCAUUUUAUCCAUCAACGUUUCAAUAUUCUCCCCAUUUUGUACAACCUACUACUCCAUAUAUAUUCAACCCCAAAGAUCAAUCAUCAUCAUCUGUGGAAUUGAAACGUAUUGAAUUGGAAACAUUGACUGUCCAACAUUUGAUUAUCAAACUCAGUGCCUUGUUUUCCCUUCAAGCUCACAGCGUGACAGAAGUACUAUGGCGACGCGAUCCUACUAGCAAUACCUUGGGCUCACAUCAUCAUCAACUUUAUCACAAGAAAUCUGCAACGUCAACAGGAGCAACAGCAUCUGGUAACAAUUUGAUGGUACUUGUAGAAGAUAGUGUACUGGAACAUUUUCCUGAUCAAACGAUUAUGAAUGUACAAUGGGAAAUCAGUUCGUCUGGUACGGUGCGAUUGAUCUUGGACUUUUAA